UCCAAUCCUUCCCCCUUUUGUGGCGGCUGCCUCGCCCCUUCCUUCCCCUCUCUCUCCCUCUCUUCUAGGGUUUUUCUCUCUCCUCUCCGUCUCCAUUCCUAUUUGCGCUUCGUUAUCUCUUCGUAGUCUCCGAUCGACCUUGCCUGAUCCAUCAUCAUGGCGGCUGUUGCCCCUGCUGCUGACCAAGCUACAGAUUUGUUGCAGAAGCUGUCAUUAGAUUCCAAGAAGAAGACUCAUGAUGCGCCUGAAGUUACCAAGAAGCAGGCUAGUGCUGAUGGCGGGGAAGUGACCAGCGUGCAAAUUCCAUCCGGUGAACGGUCUGUGACUCCUCUGCUUCAGGAUUGCGUGGAUCAGAGCAUGUGGUAUCCUUCAGCGUAUUAUUAUGGAGGUUAUGAAGGUUUAAUAAAUGAGUGGGAGGAUUACCCUAGAUAUGUCAAUCCUGAUGGGGUGGAGGUGCCGCCUCCUGGAGUCUAUGGGGAUAUGUAUCAACAUGGUUAUGGAUAUCCUUCUUAUGGGCCAUAUCCUUCUCCUGGCUCCCCGGUUCCAACUAUGGGGCAUGAUGGCCAACUGUAUGGUCCCCCGCAUUACCAGUAUACAGCUCAGUACUAUCAGCCACCCACACCUCCGCCAACUACUGGUGCUCCCAACAAACCUGCAACUUCUCAAGGGGGUGUUUCUACUACAGUUGCCACUGAAAAACCUGCGGCCACUGUGGAUACUAGUAAAGGGAACUCAAACGGAAUUGCCAAUGGGAAAUCAAAUGGCCACAUUUCUUCUGGUCAGCCUCGUCCAAACCACCAAAAUUCGUCACUACCAUCAAAUGGUUCUUAUGGUCGAGGAAUUCUACCAGGUGGUCUUCCUUCUGGUUACCAGGAUCCACGUUUUGGCUUUGAUGGGAUGCGAUCACCUAUCCCAUGGUAUGAUUGCCCUGCAUUCACAGAUGGGCAGCAAAGAACACCCACAACCAGCUCUGCACCUUCUGCAGUUUCUCAUGUUGCUAACAAUCCCUCAGGAAGAAAUCAGAUUCUUCAUCCCCUUCCUCAUCUUAUGGGUUUGCAUACACCAAGACCAGCAUCUGGCAUGGGACCUGCAGCUCCUGGGUUUGUGAAUAGGAUGUACACCAGCAAUAGAAUUUACGGUCAGUAUGGUCAAUGCGGAACUGCAUUUAGGACAGGCCUGGGCUUUGGAUCUAAUGGCUAUGAUUACAGAAUGAAUGGCCGGUGGGGUUCUGUUACAGAUAACAAGUACAAACCACGAGGUCGAGGCAAUGGUUUUUAUGGGUAUGGCAGUGAGAAUUUGGAUGGGCUGAGUGAGCUGAACAGGGGGCCAAGGGGUGGCCGUUUAAAAAAUACUAAGGGGUUUGGACCCAAUAUCACUAUCGCAGUGAAGGGACAAAACCUUUCUACAAAUGGAAAUGUUGAAGAAGCAAGUGCAGCACCUGCUAGGGAUCAUUACAACCGUGAUGAUUUCCCUGAAAAAUACUCUGAUGCCAAGUGUUUUGUUAUCAAGUCUUAUAGUGAGGAUGAUAUUCAUAAGAGUGUUAAGUACAGUGUUUGGGCUAGCACACCCAAUGGAAAUAAGAAAUUAGAUGCAGCUUACCAGGAAGCUCAAAAGGUUGCAGAUGGGUGUCCUGUAUUUUUGUUCUUCUCUGUAAACACAAGUGGACAAUUUGUCGGGAUUGCUGAGAUGGCUGGUCCAGUUGAUUUCAACAAAACCGUCGACUACUGGCAGCAGGACAAAUGGAAUGGUUGUUUCCCAGUCAAGUGGCACAUUGUGAAGGACGUACCAAACAGCAUCCUCAAGCACAUCACACUUGAGAACAAUGAUAACAAACCAGUGACAAACAGUAGAGACACACAGGAGGUGAAGCUUGAGCAGGGUAUUCAGAUGCUUAAGAUAUUUAAGGAACAUGUCAGCAAGACCUCCAUUUUGGAUGAUUUUGCCUUCUAUGAGACACGGCAGAAGGCUAUGCAAGAGAAGAACUUGAAAAUCCAACAAAUUCAUAAGCAGGUUUCAAAUGUGAAAGCAGCUGAUGCAGCUGAAGAGAAAGAAAAGAUUGCUGCAAAUGGAAAGCCCAGGUUGCAGAAGCCUCUUGAAGUUGUUUCACUUUUAAAGAAGGAAGCUGUACAAAGCGGACAAGGAGAGCAGAAGCCUCCUGAGGAAAAUGGUGUUGCUGGUGAUGUUCUGAAGGCUUCCAAAUCAGUUACAGAGAAGCAUGUCGUUGCCAAUGGUGUAGCCAAUACUUGUUAGCAGCAAGAAGCCACCCCUACUGAACUGCAGCCUGUAAUUUGGUCAUUUGUUCUAUCAGCGCAUCUCACAGGUUUUUGACAUUUCAUUGAUCAGCACGCCGAAGGCAGUCGAGACUCUCAGCAUGCUAUUGUAGUAGGGGCUGAUAUCUGAGUCACAAUUGUAACCUUUGAAGGGAGAGGUUGGCCAGGGUCCUUAUUUUUCAUAGUGUUCCAUAUGAUUUGGUUGGGUAUCUGUAUCCUUUUUUCUGUUUUGUUUGUUACUUCUGGGUAGUAAUUCUGGUGAGUUUUAAGGUGUAUAAGUAAUGGAGGCUAUUAUUAACCUGUCCCCAUAAAGCUUGAAACAUGGGUUGUUCUGGCUUUAAAAUCUGUAAGAGCUUGCUUAUUUUAAUUUCAUAGUUUGCACAAGUUUUAUGCUUUUGUGGUA